UGAGCACCGUCAAGAUGACCAAGGCAGCCAAACAGAACAUCCAGGCGUUCCGCGGGCUGAUCUGGUACCUGCGCCGGCGAGCCGUACGACUCACUUCCGUACAUGUACUUCUGGACGAGCUGCUGCGGCGGUCGGGGUAUGCGGACAUGUUGGAGAGCCAGCGGCAGCGGCUGGAGGAGAAGGGAGGAGGAGGGCAGGGGAAGGGACGGAAGGCUGCCGCCAGCGGGGACCCCGCAGAAGAGACGUACGAAUGCCAGGAGCGGCUGCGUACCCUGAUGGAGCUUGCUGGCGACCCGGAGUCGUGGGUUGCUGACGCAUACUUGCCGGACACUGAGCAGGAGGGAACGAUGGCGGAGAGGGGGCUACAGGCGCGCCUGCGUGCGGAG